AUGUCGGCAAAUAUUAUUCUGGAACAUGAUUAUGGGCAGAGGUUAGCAGAGCCAGCACAUCUACAGAGGCUCGAGAAGUCUCUUCAGCUAGACCCAUUGUUGAAUUAUGUUGAGAAGAUAGUAACUGAUCCUAUAGCAGAAAGUGAUGUCACAGAUACAGAUGAUAAUGAGGACUAUCUAAAACCUUGUAUUAAAUAUGAUGAAGAAAAUAAGCUACUCAAUGGAAUCACAAUCACUAAAGCUGAGAGAAAGGCUGAUAAAACAAGGUUGUUUAAUUUUGGAAAAGUCAAGAAAAGUCGCAGAUGGCUUAGAAAUAUUUUACUGAGUGACAGUUCAUCUGAUGAAGAUGAAGAACGACCAAUUACUAAUGAAGAUUUACAGUUGAUGAUUAAAGUCCAUAAAUACAAGAAAAAACAUCAGUUACAUUUCUAUCAAGAUCCUGAGCUACAUCAGUAUCAGUACUAUAGUACUGGGUUACUAUCGAACUAUGAUAAAUAUCCAGAACAUAGUAAACAAUUUGCUGGACCCAAGAAAAAGAUCUCGAAAGAACAGAAGAAAUUUGAAAAGAGAGUAAAAGCUAAAUUAAAGAAAUUAAGGCGAGAAAAGAAAUUUGAGAAUGGUGAUCAUGAAGAUUGUGAUGAAAUUGAUCCUGAAGUUUUAAAAGCUAUCAUUGAACAUCAUCAGAAAGCUGGCAAGUCUGGUAAAUCUAAAAAGUUGACACCAGAACAAGCUGAUGUCAAGAGAAAGAAAAUAUGGAUGUCAAUUUGUAAAAAAGAAAUUCCAAAGAUUCAAAAACAACGAGCAUCAGCAAGAAAAGAGAUGUUAAACAAUGCAAAGAAGCUAGCUACACAGUGUAUGAAAGAUUGUAGAAGAGCUGCUUUAAGCUCUCAGAAAACGUCAAAGGAAAUUCCAUCUCGAGCUAGAAGAUUAACAAGAGAAAUGCUGAUCUAUUGGAAACGAUUUGAUAAGGUGGAGAAAGAACAUCGAAAAAGAGCUGAAAAGGAGGCCUUGGAACAACGAAAAUUAGACAUGGAGUUACGUGAGGCUAAAAGGCAGCAACGAAAAUUAAACUUUUUGAUCACACAGACAGAGUUAUUUGCCCAUUUUGUAGCUCGUAAAAUAACAGGUGAAUCGGAGGCUAAUAAAGAGAGAAUAUUACAUAAAUUAGAUGAAGAUGAGGUGGAAGAGAGAAGUAAUAAACAAAUAAAAGGUGCAAGAGUCUAUGAUAUAGAGGAUGAUGACUAUGAUAGUGCUGAAAUGAAGAAACUGGUUUGUAAAAAUGCUGAAGGUGCCUAUAAAGCACAUCAACAAAAGAAAAAUGAUUUUGAUAAAUCUACAGGUUCAUUGGCAGAAUCAAGUUUUGCCAAUCCAGCUAUCAGUACUGAUGCAGAACAGCCUCAACCCUCUAUAUUUAUGGGUAAAUUAAAAGGCUAUCAAUUAAAGGGAAUGAACUGGCUAGCUAAUCUAUAUAACCAGGGUAUUAAUGGUAUAUUAGCUGAUGAAAUGGGAUUAGGAAAAACUGUUCAGUCUAUAGCAUUCUUAGCACAUUUAGCAGAGGCACAAGGAAUCUGGGGUCCAUUUCUCAUCAUAGCUCCAGCUUCUACUUUACACAACUGGCAGCAAGAAUGUCAACGUUUUUCACCCAAAUUUAAAGUUGUCCCAUAUUGGGGUAAUGCACAAGAUAGGAAAAUUUUACGUAAAUUUUGGGAUCAGAAAUGUUUACAUACAGCUGAGGCAUCAUUCCAUGUUGUUAUUACGAGUUAUCAGUUAGUAAUACAAGAUGUCAAGUAUUUCCAGAGAAUAAAAUGGCAGUACAUGGUACUUGAUGAGGCUCAGGCUCUCAAAAGCAGUUCCAGUGUACGAUGGAAGAUAUUGUUAGGAUUUAACUGUAGAAAUAGAUUAUUAUUAACUGGUACCCCUAUACAGAACAGUAUGGCUGAGUUAUGGGCUUUAUUACAUUUUAUAAUGCCUACAAUGUUUGAUUCUCAUGAUGAAUUUAAUGAAUGGUUCUCUAAAGAUAUAGAAAGUCAUAUAGAAAAACAAUCUGGUAUUGAUGAAAAUCAAUUAUCAAGAUUACAUAUGAUAUUAAAACCAUUUAUGUUAAGAAGAGUAAAGAAAGAUGUUGAAAAUGAACUGUCUGAUAAGAUUGAGAUCUUGGUAUAUUGUCCACUGACUAGACGACAGAAGAUGUUGUAUCAGGGUAUAAAAAAUAAGAUCUCUAUAGAAGAUUUAUUACAUACAGCUAUGGAGAAUACACAGGCUCAAUCUACAACUAGUAGCCUUAUGAAUCUAGUUAUGCAAUUUAGAAAGGUGUGUAAUCAUCCAGAUCUAUUUGAGAGACAUGAACCUAAAUCACCUUUCUUUAUGAAACUAGAACCAUAUUAUAUUCCUAAACAUAUAUAUCGCUGUGGUAUAUUAGAGAAAGCUCUACCAAGUAAAGCUAAGAUUAUUUAUAAUUUAUUGUAUAUACAUUCACCUCAUCAUAUUCAUUCUACAUUACAACCACUGACUAAUGGUCGUGUAAAUAGUGCUUUUUCUUUCCUACGUUUUAUUGGUAUGUCACCUAGUGAUCUGUAUAGUUAUAUGUUCGGUGGCUUAUUAGUAAGAUGGUUAGGUAUAUUUCUUUGGUUAAAGAUGGCGUAUCGGAUACAUCAUCAACAUCAAUGGAGACAAGAAACUCAAAUCCCUAGUACCAAUAAGUGCUUUCUAUUAAAUCCCCUACAAACAACUUAUUUCCCUAAUGUCAGGGAAAGUAAAAACUUGCAAAAUUUUGUGUUCAUUAAUCCGUGUUCAGCGUUCAGAUCUCAUGAAGACCACACAAUCCACUAUAUACCAGAAACACUGGCUCAUAGACAAGUCCGAUUAAAGAAUCUUCGGAAUCAGUUAUUAGCCAGUAGACCCGUUAUGAGCCCACCGAAAUCUCCAGUCAAGAGUCAUUCUCCGAAGAAGGGAGGUCAUCACAGUAGUAAUACAAUAUCAGCUGAAGAUAUAUCACUACCACUUCACCAUCAUAGAUUACGACCUGAACGUAUUUUUACCUCUCAACCUACAGAUUAUCCUGCUUUUCUCUUUAACUCUAUACCUAAGGUUCAAGCAGGAUCUUUAAGUAGAUGGACUGAAGAUCGCAGUGCAGCCUGGGAGAUCGUUAAAGAAAGUCUAUGUGGAACAGUAGAAGGUAGAAAUAGUCUAUUGUAUGGUACACCAGAGAUACGGGAACUAGUUCGAUGGAAGGGUUAUUAUUUUACACCGCUUGAAAUAGGUGGUCUAUAUAGUAUACAUCUUAAACAUGGCUGGUCAGAUAUCUAUAUACCAGAUAAAGAAAGUUUAGUGACUGAUGCUGGGAAGUUGUUUGUAUUAGAUUCACUGUUACAGAGAUUAAAAUCUGAAGGUCAUAGAGUAUUGAUCUAUUCUCAGAUGACUAGAAUGAUAGAUUUAUUAGAGGAAUAUAUGUGGCAUAGAAAACACAGCUAUAUGAGGUUAGAUGGAUCAUCUAAGAUAUCAGAAAGACGUGAUAUGGUGGCUGAUUUCCAAACAAAAUCUGAUAUCUUUGUAUUUUUAUUGAGUACUAGAGCUGGUGGGCUUGGUAUAAAUCUUACAGCAGCUGAUACUGUGAUAUUUUAUGACAGUGAUUGGAAUCCUACUGUAGAUCAACAAGCUAUGGAUAGAGCACAUCGUUUAGGUCAAACUAAACAAGUUACUGUUUAUAGACUGAUAUGUAAAGGCACUAUAGAAGAGAGAAUUGUACAGAGAGCUAAAGAAAAGAGUGAGAUACAAAGAAUGGUAAUAUCUGGUGGUAACUUUAAACCAGAAACAUUAAAACCUAAAGAAGUUGUUUCUCUACUUAUUGAUGAUGAUGAAAUGGAACAUAAAUUAAAAGUUCGGCAAACAGAGAAGAAAGUAAAAAGAACAUACACAUUUAAAGAUGAGCGAAAGAGGAAAAGACAGAAGAAAGAUAGUAAGAAGGGUAAAGUAGAAGAAAAUAAUAUAACAGUACCAGCAACACUCUCAGUAGACAAUGAUAUCAGUGUAGAUUCUAUCUCCAUACCAGCUAGUCCACAAAGUGGGUUUUCAGUAGGUAGUGAGUUACCAGGUUGUAGUUUAUCAGCUGCUAUACAAGAUGACAGUAGUAAUGAUGGUGGACUGGUGAUAGUUGAUGAUGCUCAUACCACCUACUCCCCAGUUUCAACACCAACACCUACCCCUAAAAAAGGUCGAGGAAGAGGCCGACCUAAAGGAUCAAGUAUUGGUAGGAAACCUAAGGGUCGAGGUGGGAAGAAGGCCAUGUCAGCAGCAGAGAUAGCUGGUGCUCAAGCUGGCUUAACAGCAGCCUAUGCAGCUUAUGGAUAUAAUAUCAGUGCAUCAGAUUCCAAAAAUUCUCCAAGAACGUCUGGUUCGUUGCCACCAUCAGGUAGAAGUACACCAACAGUUUAGCAGGAAAAAUCCCAUACUCAUAAACCCAAAAUAGUGCAGAAAUUAAUUGCAAGUGGAACAACAUUACAGCUGUGUCAGAUAAUGACAUUUUUUUUGUGAUAGGACAAUACUUCUGUCACUUUUUACUCGACAGAUAAUUGUGCAUGUAGAUCAAGUUAAGAGUUGACAUAAAUUACAGGUUUUCAAUCUAGGAUAUGAUGAAUUUCGUCAAUACCUGGUACCAUAUAUAAAAGGUUUUUUUCAAUUUUCUAUUGAUUUUGAUAAUCCCAUGCUGGUGUAUAUAGAAAAGACAGUGCGAAUUGGUGAUAAGGAGUUGAUUAUGUUAUGAGGGUAGAAAUCUUGAUGUGAUGUGAUGUGAUGUGUUGUGUAGAGAAGAAGGAAAUGAUACUGAAGUAACAUUGCAUGUAAAGCCCAGUCUUCUGUUGUACAUACUACAAAGUUGUGACAAAUUUAACGAACAAAUAAAUAAAACAUAAG